AUGUCUUUUAAAUGGCCGUGGCAGUAUGAUUUUCCACCAUUCUUCACCCUGCAACCAGUAGCAAAUACCCGGCAAAAGCAGCUGGAAGCGUGGGCACGACUCGUCAUCGACUACGCCCAGUUCAACAAGAUCUUCACCUUCGAUUUGAACGAGGCCGAGCAGGGCGAGCUGUUCUUUAAUCAGAAAUUAAAUAGAAGAUUAGAUUCCGAGGGCGUCAAAGCUGUUUUUGGGUAUUUAGAACAGAAGAGACAUUUGGAUUGGACAGACCCGGAUCACACGCGGUGCCACAUCUACUGGCGAACACCGGAAGAGUGGGGAACGCUGAUUUUUGAGUGGGCGCAGAGCAACGGGCUGGCCAACCAGAGCUGCACGCUUUACGAGAUUGCACACGGUGACGACACGGUCACAGAAUCUUUCCACGGGCUCGAGAAGGAGAUCCUCCUGAAGGCGCUGCGCAGCCUCGAGGUCCAACGCCGUGCUCAGCUUUACAAUAUAGGAACCGAAUACGAGGGUGUCAAAUUUUUGUCGUCU